CGUGCGCGGCGCGAGAUCUCCUCGAGAAUGUCAGCGCAAGAUCCCAGCCAAGAAAAAGUCCAACUUCAAAGCUGGUUUGCCCGACGCAGACCGCGACGACUCUCCCUCUAUGCCGCUUCCCGGUCUAGAUACUCUUGACAAGUCAGCAGAGUCGUACGCCGAUCUCAGAGCCCACGUCGCCCAUCUAACGUCGGUACAGGAUCAGAUGCAGAAUCACAUCCUCGCCCUCACCAAGCAGUACCAGGGCGUCAUUGGCGAGAUGCUCACCUUUCAACGCAACAUGGUGCAGCAGGACCAGCUCAUGCAGAACCUGAUACAGUAUCUCAUCAACUUGGAGCAGGAUCGAUCCAAUGAUGCGGCUCUCAAUCCUCCCGCCUCUGCUUCCGCCUUUCUCUCCCAUUCAGCCGCCCAACCUGGCUCUAGCGCAUCCAAUGACGCAAGCUCCUUCCUUCCACCAGGCGCGCCCAGCUCGUACGCCGACACUUCGUUCAACGUGGCUGCGUCGGCUCACCCAUCCAACCACAACAGCAGCAGCCUCAAAGCUGCCAUCCCACCUCCACACUCUGCCAGCUCCUCCGGCCCAUCCGCCGACAGCGCCACCCAUGCUGCCUCGUCGGCUCGAAUGUCGGGCAUCACCACCGCUCCCUCUACUGCAGCACCACUCUCUCCCAAAAGCGUUGCUUCGCCCAUGGAGAGCGUCAGGACGCCAGAGUCGUCCCAGCAGCUCAACAACAUGGGUAUGCAUCCUCCUCGUCUCGACGAUAUGGGUCGACGCAAUUCGAGCCUCUCUUCUCUCCGCAUGGUCAACAAUGCACCGUCAUCUGAUCCAGCCCAUGCAAGUAACGCAACUGGCGCCAGCAACAGCAGCAGUAGCAACAGUAGCACCAACAUGCCCAACCUCGCAGAAUCUCGCAACCCGACAUACGAUACCAGCAGGCGCCCAGACCCCACGCCAUCCCAGUCGGCUUCCGUGGACCCCAACAACACCUCGAGCGACCCUAACUCUCCAGGUGAUAUUGAUCCAUCAACAAAUCACAGCAACAAAUCCGGGCGUCGGCGUCGACCCACGCUGGUACCCGGCUGGACUGCACCUCCGCGCGUACUGCUCGUCGAUGACGACCAAGUGUGUCGGCGUCUCUCUUCCAAAUUUUUGCAAGUCUUUGGCUGUUCCAUUGACUAUGCCGUCGAUGGCAUGACUGCGGUCAACAAGAUGAAUCAAGAAAAGUACGACUUGGUCCUCAUGGAUAUCGUCAUGCCCAACCUCGACGGUAUAUCGGCCACCUCGUUGAUCCGACAAUUUGAUUCGAACACGCCCAUCAUCAGCAUGACCAGCAACUCGGGCCCGAGCGAGCUGAUCAACUACAUGUCGAGCGGCAUGACCGAUAUCCUCCCCAAACCUUUUACCAAAGAAGGCUUGCUCAACAUGCUCGAAAAGCAUUUGCUCCAUCUCAAAGCUGCGCAGAGGGAGCAUCGUGCUGCUUCGACGGAUCACGGUGCAAGUGGUGCAAGCGGCGUGGCUCACACGUCGCCAGCAGGCGCAACCGGUGUGGCGGGCGCUGCAGCCAGCGCUGGAGCCAGCGCUAGUGCAAUCAAACGGAGCACGUCGCCACUUGGCUCGUCAAACCACGUCAGCACCGACGCUACAUCCAACACCGAUACCGCGGGCGACGACGGCGUCAAUCCACUAGCGGGAAUGGGAUUUACAGAUGAAGAGUAUGUUGCCAUGCUUCAAAAUCUCAUCGCAGCGGGGACGGGCGACGACGAGCUGGCGAGCGCACUGUUCGGCAAUAACGAAACCUUCACGCCGCAGGACAAUACACCUUCGCGCAGCGGUGGCGAUAUGAGCCAUACUCCGAACCACAUCACCGACAAUGGCAAUGCCAAGAACAGUCCAUUUGGUGCCACCACACCAGCCAGCGGCGGCGGAAGCGCAGGGUCGAAGAGAUCGGCUCCCUCUGCCGACGACGCGAUGCACGCGCCCAUGCGCACCCCUCACGCCGGCAUGCCACACCAACACGGCGCAUCAGACGCCCACAAACGCGGACGCUUCUGA